AUGACGAUGGUUUUUAUCUGUAACUCUUCUACUGUCUGUUUUGCAGCCCAUUGUUAUUGUACCACAUGCUUAUUCUACUCUGUGCCUCCCUCGGCCCAAAUUUCCAAAAGGAAACCAGGCUACAUCAUGGAAGUUAAAAAUCAAACCACCCCAUCCGAGUUCAUCAUCUUGGGAUUCUCCAAUCUAAAUGAACUGCAGUUUUUACUCUUCACUGUCUUCUUUCUGACUUACGUCUGCACGUUGGGUGGGAAUAUCUUCAUUAUGUUAGUGACUGCAGUGGAUCCACACUUGCAUACGCCCAUGUACUAUUUCUUAGGGAACUUGGCUUUUCUUGACAUCUGCUACACCACCACCAAUGUCCCUCAGAUGAUGGUGCAUCUGCUGUCUCAGAAGAAAAGCAUUUCCUAUGGGGGAUGCGUGGUUCAACUUUUUGCAUUCAUUUUCUUUGUGGGGUCAGAGUGUCUCCUCCUGGCAGCCAUGGCAUAUGACCGCUACAUUGCCAUCUGCAAACCUUUGAGGUACUCGGUUAUCAUGAACAAAAUACUGUACAGCCAGUUAGCUGCCUCGUGCUGGACUGGUGGUUUCCUCAACUCAGUGGUGCACACGGCACUGACCUUUCGCCUUCCCUUCUGUGACAACAACCAGAUAAACUAUUUCUUCUGUGACAUCCCCCCUUUGCUGAUCUUGUCCUGUGGGGACACAUCAGUCAAUGAACUGGCAUUGCUCUCCAUUGGGGUGUUCAUUGGUUGGACCCCUUUCUUGUGCAUCAUCCUUUCCUACCUCUACAUAAUCUCUACCAUCUUGAAAAUCCGCUCUUCCGAGGGGAGAAAGAAGGCCUUUUCUACAUGUGCGUCUCAUCUGCUGAUUGUCCUGCUCUACUACGGCAGUGCUAUUUUCACAUAUGUACGGCCCAUCUCGACUUACUCCCUGGAGAAAGACAGACUGAUUUCAGUCUUGUAUAGUGUUGUAACGCCCAUGCUAAAUCCCAUCAUCUACACGUUGAGGAAUAAAGACAUCCAAGAGGCUGUAAAAACUGUGGGAAGAAAGUGCCAGCCAUCAUGUUCCCUCUUUUGA